UGUUGGAUGUAACGUCACGUUUGUAUGCGGAAGUACUCACAACUGAAGUCGCACCAGUGUAUUUUGUUUAGUUUUGUUUGUGUUUUGGUGACUGACACUAAUCACAGCUUGCUGUUCGAAAUGCUGAAGGCGGUUAUUUUAAUAGGCGGACCUCAGAAAGGCACAAGGUUUAGGCCGCUGUCAUUUGAAGUUCCUAAACCCUUGUUUCCAGUAGCUGGUGUGCCCAUGCUGCAGCAUCACAUCGAAGCAUGUGCCAAGGUACCAAAUAUGAAGGAGAUACUACUCAUCGGGUUUUACCAGCCUAAUGAAGAACUCACCAGAUUCCUUUCCAAUGUUCAACAGGAAUUCAAAAUUUCCAUCAGGUAUUUGCAAGAGUAUGCAGCCCUGGGUACUGGAGGAGGCAUCUAUCACUUCCGAGAUCAAAUCAUCGCUGGUGGCCCCCAGGCUUUCUUUGUUUUUAAUGCUGAUGUGUGCUCAGCCUUCCCUCUGACAGAGAUGCUCAGCUUCCAGAAAGAAGACGGAGAACCAAACAGCUUUGUUAUACUCGGAACGACGGCAAACAGAAAACAAUCCCUGAAUUAUGGAUGUAUAGUUGAAAAUGAGGAAACAAAUGAGGUGUUGCAUUAUGUGGAAAAGCCAAGCACAUUUGUGAGCGACAUCAUCAACUGUGGUAUCUACCUCUUUAACCCUGAGAUUUUCCAGCAUAUUGGAACAGUGUUCCAGAAAAAUCAACAAGACAUGCUGCUUUUUCCAUAUGAUGGAGAGGAGCCGAACAAUGGCUGGCACAGAGCAGAAGCCAUCAGGCUGGAACAGGACGUCUUCACUGCCCUUGCUGGACAGGGCAAACUCUACGUUUAUAAAACACUACGAUUCUGGAGCCAGAUAAAAUCGGCAGGGUCUGCAAUUUAUGCAAGUCGAUUGUACCUCAACCAGUAUCACGAAAGUCAUCCGGAAAGGCUGGCCUCAAAUAAAGACGGAGGCCCUAAAAUAAGAGGAAAUGUCUAUAUUCAUCCUACUGCCAACAUUGACCCCACUGCUGUGUUGGGUCCUAAUGUCUCCAUUGGUACUGGAGUUACUGUUGGUGCUGGGGUUAGAGUGCGUGAAUCCAUUAUCCUUCAUGGCGCAACUCUACAGGACCAUAGCUGUGUCCUGAACAGCAUCGUAGGAUGGGAUAGCACUAUUGGCAAAUGGGCUCGAGUAGAAGGAACUCCCAGUGACCCAAACCCCAAUGACCCAUACGCAAAGAUUGACAGUGAGACCCUCUUCAGAGAAGGAAAACUCACCCCAUCCAUUACUAUUCUUGGUUGUAAUGUGUCCAUUCCCAGAGAGGUGAUAAUCCUCAACUCUAUUGUCCUGCCACACAAAGACCUCAACCGCAGCUUCAAGAACCAAAUUAUUCUCUAGCUAAUCUUGCUCACUCUGUUUUUCCUUACUGUGUCAGUCGCAAGGGAUACACACUACACUGAGUUACUGUAUAUAAGAUGUCAGGUGUGAAGAUAUGGGACAUUUAUUAAGCCGUUUUGAAAGAUAGAUUUUUAUGUAUUUGUCCUCAAGGCUUUAUGCAUCAUUGGGUAUCAGCAGUAUUAAAGAAAGAGCAAUCAUACAUGUUGAUUCACCUUGAAAAGUGCUGUCAGGGGCCAGACUUAUUAACUUGACCAAACUGUUAAAAUUACCGGCAGUGCAUGAGUAAUAUACCGUAUUUGGUGGACGUUGAUAUGAUGUAAAAAGGGUUUUAUCGAUGAACACAUUGUUUCCCCAAGUACAAACUUGAGAGUGCGGUGAAAGAACAGUAAUUGUAAGUGAAUAAAAAUUACUGACUAAUGA